UUUUUUCUAGAUAUGCUUUUACUAAACAAUUGUCAUUCUGACGCUUGAUCCUUUCUUCUCACCUGGUCAGUUUUACUGCAUAACAAUCGUACUCUUCCUACGUCUUUUGAAGGGAACCGUCGACGUUGCGAGUGGAAAAACAAAUCUUUUAGGCCGAAAUGAACGUAAUUAUGCUGUUGAAGAAGGACGCAAGUCGACGGUCUUGGUCAGCACCACUGCUCUGGUGUCAGCCGUGCCAGCUCAAAACUCUCGCCUAGCUCAAAACCUGAGAAACGGAUACCGUUUCCUGGUUUGGCAUUGUGGUUUGCUCACUGUCGUUCUGGUAUGGUACUUUGUUGUUGGAGUAUUCCUCACGAUAAAGAUUGGAAAGAUCCCAGAUCAUGAAGGAUGGAGGUCUCUCUCGAUAUGGGCGGUAGUGUCAAGUUCCUUCCUUCUAUCAGGAGCUUUGUUACUUCAAAGCUGGCGAAUUCUAACGGAUCGAGACGUGACACACGAAGGUCCAUCUCCUACGGCGAGUACCCCAAAGCAAACCAAAGAGUACAAUGUCCUAAACAUCGACCCCUCUAUCCAAUUUCAACCCGCUGCGGGUGGUAAUAUGGAAAGAGCCAACUCUAGUACCCAGAUGCUCCCCAACCCUCUUUCCAUCACAAAUGAACCUGCCCAACCUCAAGUAUUGUAGAUUCACAUAUCACCACACACUUGACUUGGGUUCUUUCUCAGGUCAUAAGGAGCCUCCUUGAAUGUUACAAUCUUACUUGAAAUAUCUAUUCUAUAGUUAAAACAUAUUGCUUGAUAUAACACUAAUAAAAUUUUUACAACACCACCUCUUAUCGCUUCUAUCUUUCUUUCGGAUUUCAACGUGGCAAUUAUCUUGGGUUUAUAUCGUGGUGUAUCAUACGCGCGGGACUUUGUACAAUCAAUCACUCUUUCAAACUGCAGCACAUCAAAUAUACCAAAAUGUGAAACUUAAACUGAACACCUAC